UGAUUGUCGAUUCGUCACUCUUGGUGCAUGCCUAUUCACUCUAUUCACCUGCUAAUGGCCCUGCCUAUUGUCUGAUUUUUCUGCCCUGCUGCCCCACUCUUGCCUCGCUGCUCAGGUAUAAAAUCCCUUCUCCCGUUCACUCUUUUGCUCCCACUGUCCUCUCUCCCUCCCACUUUCUUGUCUUGCUUCUGCCCUCCACAACCCGGCAAAGGAAAAGUUCUCUCUUCUCUACCGACCACCGACCGCCCACCACUCACCACCCACCACCAUCGCGUCUUGCUGUUUGACAGAAUAGGUCGUGGUCUAAGAAACUCGGCUAACCAGUCUGCCGUCGCCCUCAGUGGCUCAACUGAGGAUGCCAAGGAUUCACGAAUGGAGCUCGACUUCCCCGCCUCCGGCACUGAAGCUGCCGUCGACGGCCAGCCGUUUGCAAUUGUAAAUCUCUCGAUCACACGCCUUCGCAUUGUGGUGUCCAGCCUCAGUCUGCCACAAAUAAAUUCGUCUCUACAACUAUCCGUUCUGCUGCGCCAUGAGUCUGGCGCACAGCCGCCACACCCGAUCUCAACCUCGUGGCCUGACCGGGCUUGCUUGCCGGCUAUGGAUACGGGGAUGAUUUCUGACGACACUGACACGGAAGAAGCUUCCCAGAAGCCCAGCAAGAAUAUAAGCGCCUGA